AUGGCGUCAGCCACUAACGCGUACAAGCACGACAAGGCCCUGCAGGCGGCGCACCAGCAGCAGCUCAAGGCGCUCCUCCGCGCGCCGGGCAACGAGUCCUGCGCCGACUGCGGCGGACGCUUCCCGCGCUUCGCGUCGGUGUCGCUGGGCGUGUUCCUGUGCAACCGGUGCUACGGCAUCCAUCGCGGCAUCGGCGUGCACGUGACGCGCACCAAGUGCGUCGACCUCGACACGUGGAGCGAUCGCGAGGUCGCCGCCAUGCGCGCCAUGGGCAACCGACGCGCCGCCGCCAUCUGGCAGGGCACGCUGCCAGCGGGAGUGAGGGCGCCCACGUCAGCGUCAUCAGACGCGGAGGUGGAGCGGUGGAUUCGAGACAAGUACGAGCACCGCCUCUUCCACAACCCCGCUGCUGCUGCCACUGCCGCUGCCGCUGCUGCUGCAUCUGCCACUGCUGCUCCCUCCCCCCCUGCUGCUGCGCCUGCCAGUGCCUCCCCUCCCUCCACCACCCCGUCCACCCCUUGGUCCGCCUUCCCACACGGCCCCACCGCCUCACCCUCACACUGCACUCCCGCCUGCCCCCCGCAGCUGAUCUCAACGCCCCCACCCGGUGUAGCAUGGCCAACCAGUGGUGCGAGUGGCAGCAGCACAGGCGGCACGGCGCAUGCACGGCAGGGCGUGGAUGCACUCAGCUCUGCGAGCUUGAUUUGCCCACGCCCUGCCACCACAACAGGCAGUGCAGCCCAUCUUGAGCAGCCCACCCUCACAGCUGCCAGGGUUCCUGCAGGGCAUACGGGCCAUGCUGCAGUUGAUGGCUCUGGAAGCAGCAGUAUCAGCAAUGCUCUUUCAGUGUCAGGCACUGGCAGCAGCAGCAGCAUGAGUGUUGGCCCAAGUCUACCUAUUAUUGUGGAUAGUAUUCAGGCUCAUUAUAAGUCAAAGCGGCGCGAGGACUUCACGCGCAUUAAGCCCCCCCCCGCCGCGUGCGCCCCCCGCCAUGGGGAACUGCUGCUCCACGCCGCCGCCGUCGCCCAGAAAGCCCCCGCCUUCGCAGCAGCCGUAUCAUCCGCCCCCGCCUCCGCCCGCCGCGCGGCCAAUCCCCAACGGUCACCCGCCUCCCGCGCCGGCGCCCACCCCGGCCCCCCCGCCGGCGGCACAGCCCGUGUCGCCGAGGCAACCAGGUGCGGCUGCCCCGCGCUCGCGCUUCUGCUCGCCGAGCCCUCCCCACUCGCGCUAUCCGCUCCCACCCCAUCCGCCCUCCCCACCCCCUGCCUUCCCCCACCCUCCCUCCUCCCUGCCCCCCCCCUGCGAUCUCGUUGCACCUCCCAUCGCACCCACCUGACAUCGUUUGACCUCCCCCCUGCGCCCAUUCUUGCACCCUUGCGCUGA